AUGACGAACGGAUUAUUCGACAGUGUUUCUUCGAUAGGGCGUCAAGACGCGGAACGCAGACUAAAUGAAGAAGAGAAGCAGGAUGGUGAGAUCCAGGAUGAGUGGGAAGGAAAGUUUAUCGCUGUUUGUGCUCGUGAUACAUUAGAGCUGUCGCAUAGCGAAUAUUCUCGUAAAGUCCAAACGACAAAGUACCUCGAAAGGCCAUGGACCGAGCUCCCAGGAGAACAUAGCAUGCGUAAAACGCUUCUGCUCGACGACUCGCCUGAAAAGGCACGAUUGAACGAGGCAGAGGAGAUUCAGAAGAAGACUAAACAAAUAAAGAAGAAACAACAACAUCUUGCAAGGAUAACCACUGCCGUACAUGAAAACUCUUCAGAACCUGCGGUUAGAGAAGCGAGCCUACAAGAGGAUGUGAACGAAGAAUUUGACUCCACACUCUUGGCAGCUAUGGGAAUCCUCCACAUGUUAAGCAUGAGAGUAAUGUGGCAGGAUGGAUACGUGCAGGUGAGCACCGUGAGCUGUGGGCUGGGAGGCGCCCCCGCAACUGGAACCCGAAGUCGCUACGGUGCGGAGGCUUGUGAACGGAUGCCUUCUCUGACUGAUGUGAAGGUAGAAGAUGAUGAGCGGCGACCGGAAGAAGCCACAGCGGCUGAGGUGCCUGCUGAAGGUCAUUCCGAAGCGAUUAUUGAAAUAUCAGAUUCUGGGAUGUGGCUCGAGGACAAAGAGACUUACAGCACCGAGUUAUCUCUGAGGACAUGA